AUUAAUAAAUCAAGGAGUUUGCAACUGGUCAACGGCUAUAGCUUCCAUUUGCCUUGGUCGGAUCAUUGUCGUUCUGUUGCCAAUCAUCAAGCGAGUCUAAAGCAACAACUGGAUAAAGAAGAAGAAGAAGAAUCAGAAGAACGGCCAACAAAAUGGAUCCACAACAACAAUUUUGCCUCAAAUGGAACAGUUAUUCGUCCAAUUUGGCAAUUACAUUCUCCAAUCUAUUCAAAUCCGAUCUAUUGGCCGAUGUCACAUUAUCCUGUGAUGGCGCCGUUUUUCGAGCUCACAAACUAAUUUUGGCAGCCUGCUCGAAAAAGUUUGCCGAUCUGUUUGAGAACACGCCCACAAAUGGCCAGUGCGUCAUCAUACUGGAGGCGACGACGCCGGACAACAUGGCGGCUCUGCUGGAGUUCAUGUACAAGGGCGAAGUUCACGUCUCCCAGGAGGCGCUCAACAGUUUUCUCAAGUCCGCCGAGAGUCUACAGGUCAAGGGUCUGUCCACUGAGACGGGUCGCCUGGCCGCCCAACAGGCGCAACAACAACACAUGGGCGGCGACAGUUCGCCGCUGGAUUCUCCCACAGGACGUCGCAGCAUGCGCAACAGUCUAAGCGGUGAACGCGGCGGUGCUGGAGUUGGAGGUGGUGCUGGCGGUGGUGGCAAUGGUAUUGGCAUCGGCAUCGGUGGCAACAGUGGUGCCAUUAUUGGCGGCAUGGGCAACGGCAACGGCAUGAGCCUGGCGGGCGCCUUGGGCAGCAUGACAGCCGGUGGCAUGGCCGCCGCUGCAAGUGUUGCGGCAAGCGGACUGAGCGCAUUGGCGACCUCGGCUGGCGCCAUGGAUCGUUGUGGCAGCUCUGGUGGCAACAUCAUUAGCGGCUCUGUUGCGGGCGCUGGCGGCAAUGGCGGCAACAAUGGUCCAAUUAGUUUGGGCAGCGGCGCUGGCGCCGCAAUGCUUGGGUCGACGGGCAGCUUGAAGCAGGAAUGCGAUUCACUGAUGCAUCCGAGCAGCUCAUCAUCGUCACUGGGCAUGGCCUAUGUGCCGCCCAUGUACCACCGUCCCAUUUCAUUCAAUGAGCCCCUCCGCAAACGCAUCCUGCGCUCCCCCUACGCCGAACAGGAGCAGCGUGGCAGCGUCCUUCGCGACGGAUCGAAGAACUCCUCGGAAUGCCCGAGUCCCAUCAAUAAGCCACCCUAUCAUCGACCCUCGUCCAGCGCCAGCUCCACAGCGCCCACCGAGGCGGACACAAUGCACUCGGAGCGUGCCUCGCCACAAUCCAGUCGCUACGAGAAUCACAGUCCGCCCAGCACCACAGCCGGCAAUGGAAAUGCGGCAAGCAGCCUGGACCGCAUUGUCAAAUCGGAGCGCAACAAUGGCAGCGCCAAUGAGGCCAAUGACGAUGAACGCGAGCUGAUGGAUGAGUCCACAGAUAAUGGCGCUGAGGAUUUGCGUGUAAAAUUGGAGAAUUCGAACUUUUCACCGCCACCGGUGAAUUCGAAUACGUCGUCAACCACACCGAAUGCGCUGCUGGAGAACCUAAAGAAUGCGGAUGGCUCGCUGUCCGGUAAUCUGGCGGCAUCGAUAGCACCAGCCGACAUGUUGAACGUGUGGAAUGCCACCAAGAUGAACAACAAGAACAGCGUCAACACUGCCGAUGGCAAGAAGCUCAAGUGUCUGUACUGCGAUCGCCUCUACGGCUACGAGACGAAUCUGCGUGCCCACAUCCGGCAGCGUCAUCAGGGCAUCCGGGUGCCCUGCCCCUUCUGCGAGCGCACAUUCACGCGCAACAACACCGUACGCCGGCACAUUGCCCGUGAGCACAAGCAGGAGAUUGGCUUGGCCGCAGGAGCAACGAUUGCGCCGGCACAUUUGGCAGCAGCGGCGACGGCAGCGGCGAACGCGAAUCGUUCACCAUAGGAAGCGGCCGCAACGGCAGCGGCAGCAGUAGUCAUGAGCGCGCACAAGGAGGCGGCAAAGCAGCGUAAACGUAAAUCACUCAAGAUGGCAUUGGAGAAGUGCAUGCAGCGGCGGGAUGCGAUGGCAUCCGCUGAGGCAGUGGCAGGCGAUGGAGAAGGGGAUGGAGACGGGAAUGGAGACGGGAAUGGAGACGGGAAUGGAAAUGGAGAUGGGGGCAUGACGGGCGGCGAGACGGCGGCAGUUGCGGGUCUGCUCAGCUUUGAGCAGCAACAGCAGCAGGUGCAUCACGAGCUGGCGUUGCAAAUCAAGGCGGCAAUGGCUGCCGAGCAGGAGCAACGUGCGGCAGAGGCAGAGGCGGAGGCGGAGGCGGAGGCUAUGGAUACCACAGCCAAUACCACUGCAACAACGGGCGAAACAACAACAACAACGGCUACAACAACGACAGCGACAACAACAACAACAACAACAACAACGGACGGCAGCGAUGCGGAGGCAAGUGAUUUAAGUGGCAGCGAGGCAAACCCCAAAGGGGCAACAGCCACGCCCACACCACCGCCCACCUACGGCAAGAUGGACAUCGAUGAGCCAAUGCGUUCGCCAGAUCCAGAAUCGGAGCUAGUUGUGGUCGAACCAAAAAUUGAACCGUUGUCGGACAGCGAGGAGGAUGAGGAGCAUUAUGCGCCGAUGCCACUCGAUGAUAUUGAACGCCCACACACGCCCACCAGCCAAAUGUUGAUGCCACACGAAGCGCCCACUUUGACCUCAACGCCCAAGGUCAAUGUGGAUGUGAAUGAGCAGUAAGAAGAAGAAGAAGCAGACCCAAGCCCCAAAAAAAAAACCCCUAAUAAGAAAAAAAAAUGCCACAAUUGAUAAAUUGAGUGAUGAUUGAGUGAUUGAUGUAAUUGAUGUAAAGAGAGUGAGAGAGAAAUACGUUUACGCGCGCGCUAAAGAUCAUAAUGAUGAUUAUGAUCAUUAUGAUGAUGAUGAUGAUGAUGACUACUGUUGCAACUGUUGUUGCCCUCGGAGACCACCUAAAAACAAACAAAAAUGCUAAGUUCCAGGCCUCUAGCCUGGGCAAAUGUUUACUAUAACUAACUAAUCUAAAACUAACAUUAUACACACACACACACGCACACCAACACACCCCAUACACACACAAGUACACUAAGGCAGUAUUUGAUAUACUUUUGAUUUACAUUUGAAUUCUGUUUUUUUUUUUGACAAUUUUUACGACACA